UGAAAACUACAUGCCAUUGCAUUGUUGUUAUUUUAUUAAAAGCUCGUAAGUUUUUAAUCAAAAGUUAAAACGAUGUCGUGUCGUAAUGCAUCGCAUGCUGGUAGCUGGUACACAGAAAAUGGUUCAGAACUAUCACGUCAAUUGGACUUAUGGCUGUCGAAGGCUGACCUGACGCAUGGACCAGCUCGCGCCAUUAUAGCCCCACACGCCGGCUAUUCGUAUUGCGGCGCUUGCGCAGCAUUCGCAUACAGACAAAUUAGUCCUGUAGUUGUAAAGCGUAUAUUUAUCCUCGGCCCCUCCCACCACGUGCGCAUACGAGGCUGUGCCCUCUCAUCUCUGGACAAAUACGCAACACCGCUAUACGACCUCACUAUUGAUAAACAGAUAUACGCGGAGUUAGAAGCGACGCGCCAGUUCGAGAGGAUGGACAUACAGACAGACGAAGAUGAGCAUUCCAUCGAAAUGCACCUACCGUACAUUGCUAAGGUUAUGGAGGAGUACAAAACAGGCUUCACCAUAAUACCUAUUUUAGUGGGUACGCUAUCGCCGGAGAAGGAAGCCAAAUACGGCGCAAUCCUUGCCCCGUACUUGGCCGAUCCGCAGAACUUAGUAAUAAUUUCCUCCGACUUCUGCCACUGGGGCACACGGUUUCGAUACACGUGGCGAGAUAGUUCCCGGGGGCAGAUAUAUCAGAGCAUCGAGUGGUUGGACAAACAGGGUAUGGACAUAGUGGAGAAAAUGGAUCCGCGCGCUUUCACGGCGUAUCUCAACGAGUACGGCAACACUAUUUGCGGCAGACAUCCCAUAGGAGUUUUAUUACAGGCUAUCGCCAAACUGCAAAGCCAAUCCAACUGUCCGAGGAUGUCAAUGAAAUUCUUGAAGUACGCUCAAUCAUCUCAAUGUAUGAACAUGCAAGAUUCUUCCGUUUCCUACGCGAGCGCGUCCCUGGUUGUCGAAUAGAAUGUUAUUUGGCUGGCUUAAACUGUAUAAAUUUAGAUUUUUUGCAAUAAAAAAAAUGCAUUUUUUCCCGGAAAUAUUUUUUUUGCAUUUUUUGUCGAAAAUAAUAGUCGUACGCUGAUUUUUUGGUGUUUAUUUUUUAUGUAAACCCUUUCCGUGCGCUUUUUGGCUUUUUUUGUAACUUGACGGCGGUUAAAUAAAAAAAGAGCGUGCGUGUCUGUCGAACACCCGUGUCAGAAGUGUAACUUCUUUUCCAAGAUUAAAAUAUACCAAAAUCGUCGCCUUACUCCAUGACGUGACGGUAUUCCCAUGACGCGACCUUGAAAUUUUACUCUUAACGCGCGUCUAAAGAACUAUCACUUCAAAUUUUAUGAAAUGGUAGUUGCUAAAUUUGUAUAGUUUAAGCUAGCUUUUUAUAGACUAUACAGGGUUACCUGUAAAACACCAGCAACCUCGCAGGACAAGAUAGCUUACAUCA